CCUUCGCUGAGUAAACUUCGACGAAACCAACACUAGGUGAAAAAUGACUGGCCGUGGAAAAGGAGGCAAAGGCUUGGGCAAAGGAGGCGCCAAGAGACACCGAAAGGUGCUGCGUGACAACAUCCAGGGCAUCACGAAGCCCGCCAUCCGUCGCUUGGCUCGCCGUGGCGGCGUGAAGCGCAUCUCUGGUCUCAUCUACGAAGAAACGCGCGGCGUCCUGAAAGUCUUCUUGGAGAAUGUGAUCCGUGACGCUGUCACGUACACCGAACACGCCAAGAGGAAGACCGUGACCGCCAUGGACGUUGUCUACGCUCUCAAGCGCCAAGGUCGUACUCUGUACGGUUUCGGCGGUUAAAUCGACAGAUUAGCUUUUUGCAGCAGAUAAAACAAACGGUCCUUUUCAGGACCACAAUGGAAUAUUUAAAGAAUUCAAUAUGAACCUUCAAUUUUAUGGACCUAAAAUGAACAAAUACAG